AUGAAGCGCUCGAAUGCUGUUUUCCUGGCGCUUUGCGUGCCUACACAUGCUCUCCUACGAUUCCAAUGUGCUCAACUGGUCAUCGAUCGGCUCGACCCGCUGGUGACGCCAGGCAUGGCGCCCUCACCGCACCUCCAUCAAAUCUUGGGUGGGAAUUCAUUCAACACGACCAUGGAUCCGACAAAAGACAUGCCUGGAGAGAGCACUUGCACUUCUUGUUCCUUUAGUGAAGACUUCUCAAACUACUGGACCGCUACGUUGUACUUUAAAGCGAAGAACGGGACCUACAAGCGCGUCACACAGAAGCCCAAUGCCGGUUUCGACGGUGUGAAUGGAGGAAUGACCGUGUACUACAUGCAAGAUGGGCUCUACAACUUCAACCAGGUCUCAAAGGUUACUGCGUUCACACCAGGCUUUCGCAUGUUCAUUGGCGACGUCAACGCGAAAACGAAAGAGGAGGCCGAACGCUUCCGCCAACUCACCUUCACCUGCUUGCAGACCAUCGGCACUCGCGAUCCUCAGAUUCUCGACUUCCCGUCCGAGCCCUGCCCUGCUGGGAUCAUGACUGCCGUGCGGUUUCCAACGCAAGCCUCUCCAACAUGCUGGGAUGGCAAGAAUCUAGACUCGCCUGACCACAUGGCACACAUGUCGUACCCCGAGACAGGAAGCUUUGAAUCCGGAGGACCGUGCCCAGCUACGCACCCCGUGCGCGUGCCCCAGCUCUUCUACGAGGUCGUGUGGGACACUGCGCCGUUCAACAACAGAGACGACUGGCCGACCGAUGGUAGCCAGCCGUUUGUUUGGAGCUUUGGCGAUGCCACUGGCUACGGCAAUCAUGGCGACUACAUGUUUGGCUGGAAAGACGACGCUCUGCAACGAGCCAUGGAUAGUCCCUGCUAUGUAAACUGUCCCACGUUGAAGACACAGGAUGUCGCGGCCAUGAACAAGUGCACUAUCGAACGGAGGGUGGACGAGGAUAUUGAUGGAUGGGUCACUGCGUUGCCUGGUGGUCACCAGGCGAGUUACGUCAAGAAAAGAUGGGAUUGA